AUGGGCCAUCGUCCUGAUAUGAGGGAUGGAUCGCACCCCACCUCCCCUCUACACCCACUCUUCCACUCCUCACCCCUCUUCACCCACACUCCCACCUGCAAAUGCCCACCACCCGCCCUCCCCCCCCUCUUCCCCCACUUCCCCCCAUCCCCCCUCCCCCGCCCAAUUCCCCCCCCCCCCCCCUCCAACCCGCCCCCCUCCGGCCCCCCUGCCACCCUCGAACCUCCACCAACCCACUAG